AUGCAAUGCGCCGGCAAGCGGAUGUAUACGGAAUACAUAAAAUUAUCUCCAGUAUCCUCCGCCCAACGGGAGCUGGGCAAAGGCAACACAUCAGCGACCGCACCACCAGCCGCCGAUAAUGCUAUCCGGUCUGGGGCCAUGGAGACCCCUAGGCCCACGCCCAGGACGGGGCCACACUUUGACCUCGCCGCGUCCAAAAAUGUCACGGCGUUGCUGGGCAAGACUGCCUAUUUGAAUUGUCGAGUUAAGAAUUUAGGCAAUAAAACGCUCAACAUGCAAGUGUCGUGGGUGAGGCAUAGAGACAUUCACCUACUCACUGUUGGGAGAUACACUUACACGAGCGACCAGCGGUUUCGCGCGAUACAUCUACCGCAUUCUGAAGACUGGACUUUACAGAUAAAAUACCCGCAGCAUAGAGACUCGGGUAUCUACGAAUGUCAGAUAUCCACCACGCCACAUAUGAGCCAUUUUAUACAUUUAAAUGUCGUCGAACCCACGACGGAGAUAAUUGGCGGGCCGGAGCUGUAUAUCGAUCGGGGCAGCACUAUAAACUUAACAUGCGUGGUUCUCUACUCGCCCGAACCACCGGCGUACAUUUUCUGGAACCAUAAUGAUGCGAUAAUAAGCUACGACUCGCCACGAGGGGGCGUCUCAGUAGUGACAGAGAAAGGCGAGACGACAACAUCGUUCCUUCUCAUCCAGCAAGCGAGGCCAUCUGACUCGGGCACCUAUCAAUGCAACCCCAGCAAUGCUCAGUCGAAGAGCGUCGUAGUACAUGUACUCAAUGGUGAGUACCCGGCGGCGAUGCAGCGCGGCGGGCAAUCCUUCUCACCGCAUACCCACUGCGUUCUACUUGCUUCGACGCUGUUCCUAGCCGUGUCUUGA